UGAUUUCCUGUGAAGCAGGAAGUGAAGCAGCGUUAGAGCUUCAGUCCUCAACAUGAAUGCUCAUCUCAUCCUCAUCUUCUUCUCUCUCAGCUCCUUGUUGCAGGACGGUCUCACUGAGUCUGUGUUCACUGGACCUGAAGGAGGAUCUGUCACAGUCAGCUGCUCAUUUUUCUUCUCUGGAGAGACAAAGCUUUUCUGCAGGAAGUCGUGUGAAGACGGAGACGUCCUGAUUGAGACAGACAACGUCUCAGCUCAGAGAGGCAGAUACAGCAUCAGAUACGAAGAAGCACCUGAUCUACUAUCUAAUUCAUUUGUUAUUGUGACAAUAAAAGAGCUGAAGAAGUCCGACUCUGGAAAGUACACGUGUGGUUUGAAGAGAACUCUUCUUCCAGACGGAAACGAAAGGGUUGAGAUCUUCGUCACAGAUGCUUCACCUUCUCCAACAUCUCUCCCAGCAGCCACAACCACAGCUCCCACCUCCAGCUCUCCUGAAACCAGUGAGCAGUCAUCUGCUCCUCAGAUCGCAGCUCUUCUGCUGAAUGUGAGUUUCAUCUUCAUCAUCAUCAUCACACUCUCAGUCACUGUGAUGGUUUUCUGCAGGAUGAGAACCAGUAAACACACAGGUUGAAGUCGACUCCAUCACGUGCACCGACACUGAGGUGGAGUCUAACCUCAGGGACUCACUCCACAGCGCCCCCUAUAGACAUGUGGACACUGUUACUCAGGUACAGAUGAACUGUGUCAGUGGAGAAGCUUCAUGUUCUCUGUUCUCCACUUUGCUUCAGGUUAAAUGUAACUGUAACUAUAACUAUAACUAUAACUGUAACUGUAACUAUAACUAUAACUGUAACUAUAACUGUAACUGUAACUGUAACUAUAACUGUAGCUGUAACUAUAGAUGUAAAUGUAACUGUAACUCAGUAACUAUAACUAUAACUGUAACUAUAACUUUAACUAUAACUGUAACUAUAACUAUAGCUGUAACUAUAACUGUAACUAUAACUAUAGCUGUAACUAUAACUGUAACUAUAACU